GGCGCGAGGAAACCUCAAUCUCAGAACUCCCCUCCGUCUUCCAAGUACUUCGGUAGCACAGCAGUAGAGUGGAGUAGGGUAUUGGAAAUCAUAAUGGUGGAACCGGAGAAGAAUGAGGAACUUUUUCUGUUCUUGGAUUCCGGAAUUUAUCGAUUCAGAAGCUCUAAUGCCAUCUUCAUCGACCCCGUUCGCAUCCUCAACUCUUCUUACACCCGUUUCAGGGUUUCUCCUGCCGCGUACUACUCGCGUUCUUUUGAGCAUAUUAAACGUGAAGAAACACCUCUGGCUUCUCCAAGUUCACGGAAACGAAAACGAAAACAGUCCAAGUCUCUCCCUCGCAACGAAACAGAAGAGUCUGCCCAUCAACGUCAUCUGGCAGCAAGGCCUCUGCUGUUAAGAGCACAUGAAGCUCUUUUAGGAGUUAAGGAUCUUCUAUCAUGCCUAUGCGACAUAAAGAAUGACGGCAGAUCUUCGGUAGAAAGUAAAGAACUGCUGCCUUUCGUUGAACUGGGAAAGGUGUGGCAAGCCCCUCUCUACGAAAUGUCUCUGUAUUUUCGUCCACACGAUAAGCAAACUGAAGACGGAGGUAUGCCACUCAUCCAGUGUGGUGAAAGGGAAGUGGUUCCCAUAUUUAACAAUUUAGUUGUUAACAAGACAAGUGAUGACUUGGAGGCUGAAUUCCAUACCAGAUGGUAUAUAAUACCCAGAGAGAGCUGCUUCUACAUGUCCGACUUGGGGCAGAUUCACAACCUGAUUCCCGAUCAAUCUGAUCAUGGCUUCAAUCUCAUUGUCAUUGAUCCACCAUGGGAAAACAAAAGUGCAUAUCAGAAAUCAGUGUACUCAGUGUUGCCUAACAGAUACUUUUUGUCCCUUCCUAUCAAGCAACUCAGUCAUACAGAAGGAGCACUUGUGGCCUUGUGGAUUACCAAUAGAGAGAAAUUGCAAGUUUUCGUUGAAAAAGAAUUGUUCCCUAUAUGGGGUGUCAGAUAUGUGGCUCGGCUUUAUUGGUUGAAGGUGAAAUUGGAUGGUUCCUUGAUUGGUGACUUGGACCUCUUUCAUCAUAGACCAUAUGAGUGCCUUCUUCUGGGCUACAGUAAUGUACAGGAAGUCGCUUCUGACCAUCAUUCAGCAUUUAAACGUCCGCAAGAUAACCAAGUUAUCAUUAGUGUCCCCGGUGAUUAUUCAAGGAAGCCACCUAUUGGAAAGCUGCUACUGGAUUAUGCACCAGGGCCCAAGCCUGCUCGAUGUAUUGAACUAUUUGCUAGAGAAUUAUUUGCUGGAUGGACAUCUUGGGGGAACGAGACCCUUCAUUUUCAGGACUCAAGAUACUUCCUAAAUGUGAGUGCUGAAGAAUAGUUUGUCAUGAUGAAAGGCAUCGGUUGUUUUCAUCUCUUGAGAGCUGAAGCUACCCAAAUUUAUCCAGUGACUUAUUCCCUUUGCAAGCGUUGGGUUUCAGCAGCUGUGCAUGUGCUCAAAGAUACAAGAAUUCUAGAUGCCCUCAAGUGCAUGACUUGUCAAUCAAUAAAAAAUGCAUGAUUUUGUGCUUGCUUUUUAAGUUUACUAAAAGAAGGAAGACGAUCUAGGAAAAUAUUCACCGGCAAGGGACUUGUCUAGUGUCCCUCAGUGUGUUAGCAGCACAAGUACGAAGGACCAGGAUCAGGAGCACCAAAUCUAGAGGGCCUACAAGCUUGUUUGUGGCAAAUCUGCAAUCAGUCAGCAUCUCAUCAGAGUACAUUAUUGCUUUAAUUGUUCCAUAUAUCAAAAUUGAUGGUGUUAUUUGAGUUAUUAUUUAUUGCAUUGAAUAACAAACAGUGAGAAUAUGGUGAGACGUCUAAAUUGGGAUCCUUUUCUUAUUAUUAGAUCUUGAGGAUUAAAGUUAGUUGUACGAUCCUCAUGUGAAAUACGUAAUUGGCUAUAUUUCUCUAA